AUGAAGGCCACCCCAGCCGCUACGAAAGGUGAACUUCUGGUAGUUGGAUGCCCUACCAGCUCCUGCUUUAGUUCGAUAGCUUCCACUUCCUCCAGCUCUACUUCUGCAUAUACAGUCAUGGCUCAAAAUUCACAUGUUCCACUUAUUAUACGUGAGUUUGCCCCUAUAAAUACCACUUCUAUAGGCAUAUGUGCUAGCCCCGAGGCUCGUGGAGGGCCAAGCGCUCUAAGCGGUGUUUCAAACUCAGUCUCAGCUGCAGCGGGAGAUUCCGAUGCAGACUCUGGCCGCGGUGGUAGCGUAAACAAUCUGCGUUGUUUGUUUCCAGCCUGUAACGAUCCAAGCCAGCAAAUGAGUAGCCUCGAGGCUAGUACCAGCCCCAAUCUGGUGUUGGCAACACCGACAGGAGAUGCAAGCUUCUACACCGGCCAGUUUCUUGGUGAUUCAGAUUUGGAGAUUUCCGCCUCCACUGCUGGCAGUAUUACUUAUGCGACGGCUUCAGAAACCACUUGGCCACCGUUUAUCAGUAUGAUGCUGGAGACUUCGGUGCCGUCUUCUGCUCCCACGUCCUCAGUGAUGCUGAACUCCAGCAACUUAAUCGAGUGUCACUGUUCACUUCUUAGAGAAAGAGUCACUACACCAUUGGAUAUCUACAAACGUAGUUCGCUCCAUUUCAACGAGGAUUUGUUACCCAAACAAAACUUGCCAACUUUGGUUCAGUCGCAUGAAUUGUCUAUACCUUCAACUUCUAUGGAGAUUAAAGUAACAGACGGUCACAAAGGAGGCAAAGAAAAGGCUUCACAUAAUUUAGAGGGGCUUUCACUGCUGCCAGCCAAUGCACAACGAUCGUUCAGAGUUGCAGGAUGCAAGGACCAUAAUGAGAAAGAUGAAGUUGAGAUUGCAGAGGAUGUGAGCGAAAAAGAAGUUAGUAUCAUUCAGUUAAAUGAUUGCUCUAAUAUUUCAUAUAGCAUAGAUUUAAUAUGUCAUUUUAACACAUAA